AUGGGCAGCAGCGCUGAGCAGUAUGGAACACGCAGUUCGAUGUCAUUAACGAAGGAUGACGGCAGCUACGGCGAUUUAGAAAAGAAGAAAGGGUUUCUUUCAGACGCAGAAGAGCCGGUGACGCCUCAAGUCGAUGAGACUGAGUACACCACCCUAUCAUGGGUCAACCGGUGGGCGGCGCGACUCAAUGCAGAGACCAAAGGCGUGUCGCCGGUGACAGAGGACGAAUGCCACGACUCAUCGCUGCUGAAUGCAGCGUCGAUGUGGUUUUCUGCGAAUUUGGUGAUUGCGGCAUUUGCGGUCGGCGUGUUGUCGACAGCAGUGUUCCGGUUGAACAUGUUAGAGGCCGUGCUGGCGACCGUCGUGUUUUCGUUCAUGGGCGUGCUGGCGGUGGCAUUCUUCUCGGUGUUCGGCGCAGAGUUCGGGCUGCGCCAGAUGAUCCUGUCGCGGUACCUGAUGGGGAAUACGACAGCGCGGAUAUUCUGUUUGAUAAACGUCAUUGCGUGUGUUGGCUGGUCGUCUGUGAACACCAUUGCCUCGACAACGUUGCUUCACAUGAUCAACCCCACAGGCGCUCGCUGUCCUCCUUGGGCUGCAAGUUUGAUCAUCGUGUUGUCGACGGUCUUCAUCACGUUCUUCGGCUAUCGUGUCAUCCAUGCCUACGAAAAAUGGUCUUGGGUUCCGAAUCUAGUCGUGUUUUUGAUCAUCAUUGCUCGGUUAGCGAUUGCCGGCAAUUUUACAGCUGGUUCAUCGCUAGGCGGUAAGGCGACCGCGGGUAGUUUCCUGUCCUACGGGUCCGUGGUGUUUGGUUUUGCAUCGGGAUGGACAACAUAUGCUGCAGACUACACUGUCUACAUGCCCAAAAAUUCUAACAAAUACCGCAUCUUUUUCUUCAUGAUUGCGGGUCUUGCGACCCCGUUGCUGUUCACGUUGAUUCUUGGAGCUGCUGCCGGGCGCUGUGUGCACACAAAUCCUACGUGGGGCGAAUAUUACAAAAAACAUUCCGUGGGAGGUCUGUGCUUUGCUAUACUGGCUGAAAACGCUCUGGGCGGGUUUGGGCAGUUCUGCUGCGUUGUACUGGCCAUGUCCACAGUUGCAAACAAUAUUCCAAACAUGUAUUCCAUCGCUCUCAGCACCCAGGCGCUGUGGAGUCGUUUCGCGCGUGUGCCACGAGUGUUCUGGACCCUGGUCGGCAACGCAUGCAGCUUGGUCAUUGCAAUCGUUGCGUACUACAAGUUUGAGACCUUCAUGACCAGCUUUAUGGAUUCAAUUGGCUACUACCUCUCCAUAUACAUCGUAAUAUGUGUCACUGAGCACUUCGUCUUCCGCAAGGGCUUCCGUGGUUACGACGUCAGCCACUGGGACCGUCCCGAUCUUCUUCCAGCUGGUUACGCUGGCUGCGCUGCGCUUUGCGUUGGUGCAGUAGGGGUUGCAAUGGGUAUGUCUCACGAGUAUUAUACGGGACCGAUUGCCAAGUUGGCAGGCGGAGAUAUCGGGUUUCUGCUCGCGGCAGGAUUCUCUUUCAUCGUAUACAUAUGUUGCAGACCACUGGAACUCAAAUACACGGGCCGCUAA